CCAGAACUCAUCCAUAAAAACCACAGGGUAUUUGCAGUAUAAAAUACAAACCAAUUUGUAGCAACAAGCAAGAAGCUUACUCUCUUGCUAAAGAAACAUUUAAAAGAAAAAAAUGGCCAGUUUAAAUCUUGGAGAAAACAUAGAAAUCGAUACAGAGCUAAUUAAAGAAGCUUACUCUCUUGCAGUUGAGGCUCACAGCAAGUCUUCAGAGAAGGCAUAUAAUGUUGAGGAAAGUCGUCGUUCAUCAGAUCCUAUCAUCAUCAUUAGCUUUUCUGGAUGUUGGUCUGAAAAUGGUUGGUAUGAUGGAGAACCUUUUGGAGUAACUGAGAUCAAUCUGCCAUUAUUGUUUCCUUCUCUUAGAAGUAUAGGCGUUAAUGAAAAUGCCUUGGUCAACAAAGCCUUUCUGCGGAGAUUUGUAGACAAAAUAUGGGGCAAUUCAGGUUUUGAUCGUAAGGUGCAAAAGGCAGUGAAAGAAAACAAGCAAAUAUUGUUUACAGGACACUCCUCAGGUGGUUCAAUAGCAAACCUCACAACAAUUUGGUUCUUGGAAAAAUAUUUAAAACCAGAAUAUAACUACAAGAUUUCACCUUCCUCUCCUCUGUGUGUGACUUUUGGGUGUCCUCUAAUUGGUAACCACAUAUUUUCCCAUGCUCUAAGGCGUGAGAACUGGGCUCGCUACUUCAUACAUUUUGUCAUGAGAUAUGACAUUGUUCCACGGAUCUUGCUUGCUCCAAUCUCAUCCAUUAUAUUGGAAUUUCAUAAAGUUCUCGAAUUCCUCAAUGCGAAAUCCGUAAAUCUUGCACAUGCAUCCAUUGACAACUUUGAUGCUUCAAAUUUUUACAUAAAAAUAAUGAAGAAUGCAUCAUCUGUGGCAAGCCAUGCUGCCUGCAACCUCACGGGAAACACAAACUUGCUAUUGGAAACUGUGUCAAACUUCAUUCCAUUAAGCCCGUACAAGCCCUUUGGAACGUAUGUCUUCUGCACUGGCAAUGGAAAACUAGUUAUCUUGAGGAACCCAGAUGCUGUUUUGCAACUAUUGUUUUACUCCUCUCAGUUGUGCCGUGAAGAAGAAUGCACAGAUAUUGCCCAGAGAAGUCUUCAACAACAUUUCGGCUAUGACAAUGAGAUGCAAGAUAGCUUCCAAAUGCUAAAUGUGGUUAACUUGGACUUGGUGCCACUGGAACAGCUUCCAUUAUCUUCAGACUCUACAAGUAGUGAUAUUGCAACAACUAAUUCAGUCUUGAAUGACCUUGGUUUGGGCACAAGAGCUAGAUUGUGUCUUUGUGCUGCUGGAGAGCUGGAGAAGCGGAAGAUUGGAAACAAAGAAAGCAUCGAUCUCAAGAAGCCAGAUAUUGAGAAAGCAAUGAAAUACCUUGAAGAAGACUACCAAUUGAAUUGUGGGUAUCGUGAUCUAGGUUGUUAUGAUGCCUUCAAGCUUCAAGAAACCUCCAAGGAUUUCGAUGCUAAUUUAAAGAGACUUGAACUAGCAGGUAUAUGGGAUGAAAUCAUUGAAAUGUUAAAAAGGUAUGAACUCCCAGAUGCAUUUGAGGGCCUAAGUGACUGGGUAUUGCUUGGAACAAGAUACCGCCGCCUUUUUGAGCCCCUAGAUAUUGCCAACUACUAUAGACACUUGAAGAAUGAAGACAUGGGAGCUUAUAUGAUAAGGGGCGGGCCAAAACGUUACAGGUUCACGCAAAGAUGGCGCGAGCAUGCUGAGAGGAUGCCUGCUGAAUCCAGUGGAGAAUCAUGCUUUUGGGCCAAGGUAGAGGAGCUGCGCAUUAAAAUUAGCAGCCAAGGGUUUGAACCAAUCAAGGAAGAGGUUUUGCUACUAGAAGCACAGGUGCAGAAUUGGAUCAAUCUUGGAGAGUUGAGUAGAGAUGUGUUGCUAGAGAAAUCCACACUCAAGAAGUGGUGGGAAGAUCUCCCUAGAGAGCAUAAGUUGACAUCCUGCAUCAAAGAUUUAAAGUUUUCAUGAUUGUCAAGCAUGUUGGCCACUGUCAACAACUUUCUGUUAUCUUCUGUAGUUUUAUGUUUGGGUUUGCAAUUGCUCAGUAGGCUGUU